GCUACGUGUUUGGUCUUUCUUCCUCUCUUACCGUCGUCGGCCAUAGUGGCUGCCGCUCCUCUCCCUCGUCAAACCCUAGCCGCGACUUGUGUGACAAGCUUUAGCGAAGAUGCCGCCCAAGUUCGAUCCCUCGCAGGUCGUCGAGGUUUUCGUCCGCGUGACGGGCGGAGAGGUGGGCGCGGCCUCCUCUCUCGCCCCGAAGAUCGGUCCCCUCGGUCUCUCUCCAAAGAAGAUUGGUGAAGACAUCGCCAAGGAGACGGCCAAGGAGUGGAAAGGUCUUCGUGUGACUGUCAAGCUCACCGUACAGAAUCGACAGGCUAAGGUGUCAGUCGUUCCCAGUGCGGCUGCCCUCGUCAUCAAGCAUCUGAAGGAGCCCGAGAGAGACAGAAAGAAGCAGAAGAACAUUAAGCACAACGGCAAUCUCUCCAUUGAUGAUGUCAUCGAGAUUGCAAGAACCAUGAGGCCGAGGAGCAUGGCGAAGGAAAUGGCCGGCUGCGUCAAGGAGAUCCUCGGCACGUGUGUCUCUGUCGGGUGCACAGUGGAGGGGGAAAGUCCCAAGGUCGUUCAGCAACAGAUUGACGACGGAGAACUGGAAAUUCCAGAUGAGUAAAGGGGUUGUCAGUUGGGGAGGGGGAGGGGAUUUGGGGGGGGGGGAUGUGUGGAGAGGAAAGACGGGAAAAAACGUGUAGGAAAUCGACGGAGGGGAAUCGGUUACAUAACCUCCUCCUGAUGUGGCUUCAGUUCUUUUGUAUAUGAUUCGACGAGAUCUGCUGUUGCUGCCUCUUGAGGGAAAGAGGAGGGAGUAGAACGGCAGUGGACGAGAAGACCUGGGGAGCAUUGAAGAGGAAGGGGGGGGUAAGUAAUUGUUCUGUCUGUCAGGGUGGGCGACAUGUAUGUGACUGGCUAGACGAGGCGACACGUGGCUUGUUAAUGCGGCUUGAUUCUUGACGAGGUGCGAGUCUACGGGAGAGGAUGAUGGCUGAUGAGGCGCCCGUCUAUGGGAGGAUGAUGGCUGAUUGAUGCUUGUGUGUUGCUUUGCGCAUGGAAAAUGAGGUGAUUAAUGAUUGACCUGUUGGUUUUUGGCGGCGAUGAGAAGGAAGCUGGGACUCUUCUCUCAAGAGGAGGUCACGGAUAUGUCUACACUUAUGGCAGAGACGUGGGGGCGCGAUGAUAGCAGUGGUUAGUAGGGGAGAGGGGGGGGGGGGGGGGGAGGGCAAGAUUUCUUGUAAUUGAUGACUUAAUUGGUCGGCUUAUAGAACUGGAGACGUUGGAUCGAGGAGAGAGGAGAGUUAAUUGCUCGGAGCGCCAAGGAGAGCAUUUGGUUGGAAUUUUGGGGCCGUUACCUUGUGUUGAAGCCUUGCGGAGAGAAGGUCGAAGAGGAGACAGAGAGGGAGAGGAGGGGAGUAGGGUUGACCCUUUGGAGGAGUGUCGAUUGUCGGAAAAUUGCUUAUGUUGAUUUUCCACGUAUUCAAAUCCUGUCGGCGAGAAGUGGAGAGUGCACUUUUUUCUUCUGCGUUGAGUUUUCUGGUUUUCACAUCUAUGUGUUGUCGUCAGAGUCAAAUACAAAUCCAUUAAAGAGCUGAUUGGGUAUUCCUGAAAGAAUUGAAAUUGCUCCAUGUCGUUUUUGUUAUGAUUCUUCUCCUCAUCCUGUCAGUUUCUUCUUGCCUCCGUCCUCGUCUGGGAUUUUUAUCAAACCCUAUUUCGUGCUUUUGCUGAAAAAAAAAAAUCGAUUUUUUUUUUGCUUUUCGAAUCUUAAAAUUGUGUUUUUUUUUCCAACUCCCUCUAAAUCGGUUUCUGAACCUGAGGUUUCCCAUCUCCUCCUCCUCCUCCUCCUCUUUGAACUAAAGCUAGACAUGGUUUAUAGGUUUGCUACACAUGGCAUUUGCUACACAUGGCAUGGGCGAAGGUUUGCUACACAUGGCUUAAGAGGUUUGCUACACAUGGUCGAAGGUUUGCUGAAGGGUUUGCCUUACAAUGGUUGAAGGUUGGGUACCUUUUUUUCAACGUGUACGUCCUCCAUCGAAUGGCGUUUUGCCGUGCGGUGAGGAUGAUGUAUAGCUAUGACGUCGGGGAUACGAAUCCUUCUGUCGUCAGAAAUGUUUUCUUGGUCACUUUUGUCUAGUCUUCACGCGUUUCUCAAAACUGAGGCUGCUAUCUCAAGCACGCGAGUCUAUAUUCAACGUUCCCUGGUUCUAUUACUCUUUUAACUUGUUUCUUAUGUCUAUUACAAAUUGUUCAGCGUCUCACCGUCUUGUUGAUCUUUACCUCACCGCGGUUAAUUUACCUCACCGUCUUGUUGAUCUUUACCUCACCGCGGUUAAUUUACCCGUCUUGUUGAUCUUUACCCAACCGUUUCCGUAAAACAUAUGGGCUAGCUCUUCCACAAGUGCCUGCUCCUGCCUCGAAGCUCUUAUAUUUUUCCAAGUUCCCGUACCUCAACCCGGUUUGACGCGCUAUCCACGCCU